AUGUCUGACGCGGAAAAAGACAUGAUUAAAAAAGAUGCUUCACCGAGUGGAGACAGUGAUGCAGUAUACAAGAUUUUUUAUCUUUCUAAAGCUUUCUCUUUUAUGUAUAUAAUAUCUUAUCUGAUUAUUUUCUCUUCGCAAAUUCAAUUAAUUUGUAAAAAGGUGGUACCUUCACUAAAAAAUAAGUCAAGAAAACGAACUACACUGAGCUCUAAUAACAUCGCAGAAGAAACCGUUGCAGUUCCUUCCUCUGUUGUUGAGCCAAAAUCUAAACGAACUAAAACCGGUAACAGGAAGAAAAUAGUUAAAAAAGAAUCAUCAAAUGAUGAGAUCAAUGAUGUAAUUACCAGAACUGAAGUCGACCAUGAUGGUGAUAAUAAAACUAAAGAGGGAAGUAAUAAACCCAAAAGAAAGCUUGGGGCUUGGACCCCCGAAGAAGAUAGAUUGCUACUAGAAUCAUUGGAAAAGAUUGCCGGAGAAGGCAAAUGGAAGCGUGUUGCUGAUAUUAUGAAUAAUGGAAGAAAUAAUGAUAACUGCCGUCAUAGAUUUAACCAUUUGAAGAAUCAGCUUGUCAAGGGUACUAAUUGA